UGUCACUCAAAAUCUUCUUUUUCCGUUCCCUAUCAAUCAAACAAUCUGGGCUGCACACAAAAAAUGCCCAGGGCGAGAAUAUGCGGACAUAUUGGGAGCAUCGGAGGUUGUUUGGAUGGGAGAGCAUUGGCAGUACUAGGAAGAAAUAAAACUCAGUCUGCGGGAAAAAAAAAUAUGUCGGGCGUUUUGUUGGGGGGCAGAGGAGGAUUGUGGAAAGGCAAGGGCGAGUGGUGGAAGCAAGGCCCCGCUCUACCCCUCUCAGAGGAGGGACAGGCAGCUGUCCUCCCAUGAUUGAUUGACUGAUGUGGGCAGGAUUUAGGAAGCCUCACCGGCUAGCAUGUUAGCUUUUAUUUUUAUGUCGAUUUUUAUUUUUACAGACCUUAACGUAAUUAUGUGAUCACGUAUAAUGCUUUCAAGUGAAACGGGACGAUAUCUUAUGUGGAGCUGUUUUAUACAGCCAUAAGAUGUAAAGAAAGCAACGAGCUGCUAGUGAUCCGCAGCGGGGCUGUUAGCUUUGUUAGCAUGGGGGUUCGCUUUCUGGCAGUGGUUUCCUUGCUAAAUAUGGCGGUUUGCAGUCUGCUUGGUGUUGUACCGGCAGUUAAACGCCAGAUAGCACACCACAGAUCCUUGUCGUAACUCUGCUUGUGUAAAAAUAGCCGUCCAGCUAGUAGUAGCCUACUUUAGCGAGCUACCUAGCGGCUAGGUACCCUGCUGAAGUACACUAGCUGAGCUGCUAUUAUUGUUUUCUUUAAUUAUCGAGAUAAUGAUUUGAUUGCUGUAGUAUUAAGCAGUCGUAUGGAUUACUGACGAAUACGCAAAACAAAUUUUAUUAUUUGUAUUACUCCCCCCGGAUAUCUGCUAAUGUUGGAAAUCGCGUGUGUGUGUUAUCUCAACAUGGGUUGCAUGUAGAGAGAUUGGCUUAUUGGGAUGGGAUCAAUGACAGUGUCUUUGAAUGUUGGACCACCCAAUGGGCUGUGGACAAAAAUGGAUCUUGCUCUAUGUUGAGGGUUGGCCCACGGUCCCACCUCUCUAUAAUGCCCCAGUGUUUGCAGCAUCUGCAGUGAACAUGAUGGCAGCCCAGUCGGUUUCCAUAGACAAGUACCAAGAAGGAGAGCAGCAGAUGCAAGGUGUGGCCCAGGCAGAAGGGGAUUCGGAGCAGAAGUUCAUCGAGGGGUCAUUGGUGGAAGCUCCGAGCCCUGCCCACAACGAGCCACAGACGCCCAUGGACGCAGACAAAACCGCCAUAUAUCGGCACCCUCUGUUCCCGCUGUUGGCCCUGCUCUUUGAGAAAUGCGAACAGUCCACACAGAGCUCGGACUGCAUCACGUCGGCCAGCUUCGACGUGGACAUCGAGAACUUUGUACGCAGCCAGGAGAAGGAAGGCAAGGCCUUCUUCAGCGAAGACCCCGACCUGGACAACCUGAUGGUGAAGGCCAUCCAGGUGUUGCGGAUCCACCUACUGGAGCUGGAGAAGGUGAGCGACCUCUGCAAGGACUUCUGCAGCCGCUACAUCGCUUGCCUGAAGACCAAGAUGAACAGUGAGACCCUGCUGAGCGGAGACCCCGGGAGCCCCUACUCCCCGAUGCAGGGCCCCGGCCUGUCCCCCCUCAAGACCCAGACUCCCACCUCCUUCGCAGGGACCCUCAGUCCCCAGGGUCAGAUCAUGGUUCAAGCAUCCGCCCUGCAGCAGGGCAACGUUACCUUGACAACCGUCAACCCCACCCAGGUGGUCGCAGGUGGAACGGUCUAUCAGCCGGUUACCGUAGUAACACCCCAAGGCCAGCUAGUGACGCAGGCCAUCUCUCCCGGAACGAUACGAGUCCAGAACAACCAGCUCCAGCUGCAGUUCCACCAGGACCUGAAUGCGUUCAGCCACGAGGAAAACUCUUCCAAGAACAAGCGUGGGGUUCUGCCCAAGCAGGCCACCAACGUCAUGCGCUCCUGGCUCUUCCAGCACAUUGGGCACCCAUACCCAACGGAAGACGAGAAGAAACAGAUCGCCACCCAGACCAACCUAACCCUACUACAGGUCAACAACUGGUUCAUCAAUGCGCGGCGGAGGAUCCUGCAGCCCAUGCUAGACGCCAGCUCUUCUGAAACCCCCAAAACCAAGAAGAAAACCCCUCAGAACCGGCCCCUGCAGCGCUUCUGGCCCGACUCCAUCGCCUCGGUGGGCGGGAGCCAGCAGGUCACCAUGCCCGACGGCACCAUGGUGACCAUGAGCAUGGAGGGUCUGCAGAGCCUGACGUCGGACGGCGCCACGCUGGCGGUCCAGCAGGUGAUGCUGGGCGGCCACAGCGAGGACGAGUCCUUGGACAGCGGAGAGGACGACGACGACGACAUGGCUGGGCUGGGCCUGGACCACAGUGACUCGCUGCAGUAGAGCACAGACACCAUGGACGGACACACACACACACACACACACACACACACACACACACACACACACACACACACACACACACACACACACACACACACACACACACACACACACACACACACACACACACACACACACACACACACACACACACACACAUACAUCCAUGACAUAGAUGUAUACACUCACAAACAUACACACGUAGAUGCUUGUACACACAUACGGAUACAUGCCGUUACAAACGCAUAGACAUACACGUCCAUUUACACAAAGACAAACUUCAAAGCUGAUAUAUUGUUCUAGACAAAGACACACUACUACCACUGUAUACUGGCCUACAGAUCAACACACAAGCAGACACAUCCCAAAUGCUCUCUCACACGCAUACACACACACUUCUCCCAAGCCUUUUACUGGCUGAUGAAUCAACACACACAUAACACUUAGACACUACUUUGACAGUCUCACACACGCACAAACACAUACUCCACAAAGAUGAUACGUUUACAUAGAGCACAAAACCACAGGACGUACGCACAGAACCGCUUCUGCCCACUAGUGGACGGCAGCACGAACUGCGUGAUGUGUACGCCCCCAAAAGUUUCAUUUCAGAAACCGUUUUUUUCUUUUAUACCAUGUAGACAAACGUUGGCGAGUGCACUUUUUGUAUUAUAUUGUAAGCAACCAAUGGAAGCUAAAAAGAAGUGUUAUAAACAAGAACACCAGAAGGGGUCAUACUUUGUACCGCUCCAUUAAUUAAGGUUGAAUUGUUUUCUUUCAUAUAUAUAUUUUCUCCUCCACUGCCGCCCCUCUGCCCGCUUCCUCCCCCCCCUCCCUUUUCUAUGUGAAUCCUGUUUGUUUGGAUGCCAACGCUUCAGCAGAGAGCUUGUCUUCAUUUCCUGCAUGCUUGUGUUUUUUCAGUAGAAGUGCACACGACUCUAGUUAGAAUCGACUCUUACUGGUGGUCUCUGACCGGGGUCUGUUCUGUGGCCCAUCAGGGCAUGGAGAAGGAGGGGGGGGGGGGGGGGGGGGGUGAGAAGGAGAGAGCUUAUUUUUAUAUACAAACUUGAGAAGUAACGAGUGGUUUUGUUUUUUUCCUUGUUUGUGUUUCUCUUGUUUUGUUUUGUAAGGAAUAUUUAUGUACAGAUUCAUUAUUAAACUAGCGACCCUGUUUUCCAGGGUUCAUUUCAGUUUUCUAGUAAAAAAAAGGAACGAAAAAAAAAAGUUGAAUGCUGAUUGAAAAA